UGUGUGUUGCGGAUCGAGCGCCGCUCACUUCGCUCCGAGGCGUGCGAUCAGCGAAAACGCUCCGUGUGACAGGCAGCCCAGGCGCUCUCAGCCCGCUCGUCCCGGCUCCAGAGGUGGGGGAAAGAAGGCAACCUUGCUCAGCUCUCAGCAGAAGAACCGCUAAGGAAGAAGGAGAAAAAAAGGCAAAAGAAGAUUUUGGAAUUACGGCGACAGUAGUAGCUAGAGAACAAAAAAAAAUUACAGAAGUUUAAGGAGCAUUAGUGGCCAGGGCGAGAAGAGGAAAAAAAUAAAGAAGCCGGCUCAACUUUGCUGGUCCUUAACCAGGAAGAAACUUUUUUUGGGGGUUGGGGGUAAUCCCGUUUCCUCUUCCUUUCGCACAGUGCUGUCUAAUAUAUAAGGGCUUGCCUUUGCAACUGAGGACAGUCGUCUCACCCAGCGUCCAGUUACAAGUUUUUUUUCAACUUUGGCUGUGAUUUUUAUUUUACUGCGUUUUUUGAGAGGGGAGAAGAAAUAUUUUUUUUUCCUGAGGGGGGGAAACAGUUUAAAAACCGAUUCACGCCGAAAAGUGGUGGAAAUGGCCCCUUCGUGGAUGUACCUGGCGGUGAGGUUUUUGGGAGUUCUGCACCUUAUUAAUUUAUUGGCUCAGAGUGGUCGGGCUCUUGUGUGCUUGCCCUGCGAUGAAUCCAAAUGCGAGGAGCCAAGGAAUUGUUCGGGGAGUAUACUGAUGGGCUUCUGCGGCUGCUGCGCGACCUGCGCUAAGCAGCAGAACGAAACUUGCGGCGGCGUCUACGGGGUGUACGGCACUUGCGAUCUCGGCCUCCACUGCGUUAUCAGACCUCCGUUCAGCGGCGGCUCCAUCACUGGCUACGAAGUUGGGAUCUGCCAAGAUGAGAACUGGGAGGACGACCAGCUUCUUGGAUUUGAGCCCUGCAAUAAAAACCCAGCAACAGGCUGCAAUAUUAUCAACGGCAAGUGUGAAUGUGAUACCAUUCGGACCUGUAGUAAUCCUUUCGGCUUUCCCGAUCGGGAAAGCUGCCUCUCGGCUCUGAAGCGGAUUGAAGAAGAGAAGCCGGAUUGCUCCAAGGCCCGGUGCGAGGUCCAGUUCUCUCCACGCUGCCCUGAGGACUCCAUCCUGAUCGAAGGCUAUGCCCCGCCUGGCGAGUGUUGCCCGCUGCCGAGCCGCUGCAUGUGCAACCCAGCCGACUGCCUGAGGAAGGUCUGCCAGCCUGGCUACCAGAGCAUCCUCGUUUCCAAGGCUUCGGGGAAACCAGGGGAAUGCUGCGAUCUUUACGAGUGCAAGAAAGUCUACAACGUGGACUGCAGCACAGUGGAGUGCCCCGCCAGUCAGCAGGUUGACUGCCCUCCCGACAGCCAGGAGACCCCGCCCCGACUGACCGCAGAUGGCUGCUGCACUCUCCCGAUACGGUGCGAGUGUUUGCCGGGAAUCUGCCGCAUCCCCAAGUGCGAGCCUGGCACGGUGCCUCGGAUUGUCUCUCCCGGUGAUGGCAUGCCUGGGAACUGCUGCGAUCGGUUCGAGUGCAUCAACGAGACGAAGCCCACCUGCAUAUUCAACGGUGUGGAGUAUUACGAGGGCAACAUGUUCCGAAUGGAUGCCUGCCGCUUCUGCAGGUGCCAAGGGGGCGUCUCCAUUUGCUUCUCAGCCCAGUGCGGCGAGCUGCACUGCGACAGGUACUACGUGCCCGAAGGAGAGUGCUGCCCAGUCUGUGAAGAUCCAAUUUACCCGAUCCACAACCCCGCCGGCUGCUAUGCUAACGGACAGAUCCGCGCACACGGCGACCGCUGGCGAGAGGACGACUGCACUUUCUGCCAGUGCGUGAACGGCGAGCCCCACUGCAUGGCCACCGCCUGCGGACAGAGCUGCCUGAACCCAGUGAAGAUCCCCGGCGAAUGCUGCCCGGUCUGCGAGGAGCCGACGUAUAUCACCAUCGGGCCACCAGUGUGCGAGCAGCUGGCAAACUGUACCCUGACAGAGAGGGACUGCAUCUACGGCUUCAAGCUCGACAACAGUGGAUGCCGGAAGUGCCAGUGCAAAACGAGAGAGGAGCUUUGUACGGGCCUGAUCUCGGGCUGUGGUUUGGACUGUCCCUUCGGCCUGCAGACCGACGUACAUGGCUGUGAAAUCUGCCAGUGCCGGGCACGGCCGAAAAGAUGCAAACCUGUCGUGUGUGACAAGUACUGCCCAUUUGGAUACAUGAAGAACAAACAUGGCUGUGAUAUCUGUCGCUGUAAGAGGUGCCCUGAGCGUCCAUGUGACAAGUAUUGUCCAAUGGGGUUCGAGCAGGACAUAUAUGGCUGCCUUAUCUGCAAGUGCAGAGAUGUGCCCACCACCCUGGUCCCACCGGUGAAAGCCAGCUCCUGCCUCUCCAUGGACGGCCGGUGGCACAAGAGCGGCGAGAGCUGGCACGACGGCUGCCGGGAGUGUUACUGCAACGGUGGGCGUGAGAUGUGCGCGCUCAUCACCUGCUCCGUGCCCAACUGUGGAAACCCUGCCAUUCGUCCAGGACAGUGCUGCCCAACCUGCCCAGAGGACCUGGAGCUAUGGAAGCCAGAUCAAGGCGACUCGUCGAUCUGCCAUGCGCCUGGCGGAGAGUAUUACGUGGAAGGAGAGACCUGGAACAUCGACUCCUGCACCCAGUGCACAUGUCACAGUGGCCGGGUCCUCUGCGACACGGAGGUCUGCCCUCCCAUCCUCUGCCAGAACCCCACCAGGACCCUGGAUUCCUGCUGCCCACAGUGUCCAGACGAGCCCCUUCAGCCGGCAGCGCCCAGCAACAGGAGCAGGCCCAGCUACUGCAAGAACGAGGAGGGCGACAUCUUCCUGGAGGCCGAGUCGUGGAAGCCGAACGUGUGCACCAGCUGCAUCUGCAUGGAGGGCAGCAUCAGCUGCUACUCAGAGUCCUGCCCGGCUGUCACCUGCCCCCGGCCCGUGCUGAGGAAGGGUCAGUGCUGUCCCUACUGCAUCGAGGAGACCAUUCCGAGCAAAGUGGUGUGUCACUUCAAUGAGAAGACGUAUGCGGAUGAGGAGCGAUGGGACAUCGAUAGCUGCACCCACUGUUACUGCCUGCAAGGACAGACCCUCUGCUCGACGGUCAGCUGCCUACCCCUCCCCUGCCUGGAGCCGGUCUACAUGGAGGGGAGCUGCUGCCCUGUGUGUCCAGACCUGUACCUACCGGAACCCACCAAUAUUCCCAUCGAAAAGUUCGACCAGAGAGGAGAGAUUGAGGUGGAAGCACCAUUCUGGCCGUCUCCCAGUGGGAACGAAAUCCCUGCCCACCUCCGGGACGACGAGAACCUGCGUGUGAACGCCGUCGGCGGAGACUACCCGCGGUUCAGUGAAGACUCUGCCAUGCACUCGGUAGCCUGGGUGGCGGUGCCCGUCAUGAUCGCCCUCAUUCUCGUCAUCGCCCUGCUGCUGGUGAACCAGAAGAAGCAGUGGAUCCCCGUGCCCUGCUACAGAGCCCCUACAAAGCCCUCGUGUCUGAACAACCAAUUGGUGUACGUGGACUGUAAGAAAGGAACCAUGGUACAAGUAGAUAGUUCCCAGAGGAUGCAGAGAAUGGUGGACCCGGAUUCCAGACACAGUGGUUUCUACAGCAUGCCAAACACAAAGCAAAACAACUUGCAAGCGGACAGCUUCUAUCAGACGCACUGGAUCGUGUAAAGAUACUACCAGAGAUGAGGACAACCACAACAGGCUUUUCCCAUGAAGCUCCCAGCCUCUCUGGCGGCUUCCUAAGAGUUUCUGAAGGUGAACAUAGAAGACGUUUUGUUUGGACAGAGUUCCUGCUCGAUACCGAAAGAGGAAAGAGACUGGGUUUUUGUACUUACUGGUAUGCAGAUUAGAGACUGCUUCCGUGGAAGGAAGCUUCGUAAUUAUAUAUUACUCAAGCACCUUUUUUGAAACUGAGAAAAAGGAAAUUAUGCUUUGUGAAACAUUAGCAUUAUAGGAAUAUUUAUGUUAAUAUAUAUUAUGCUGAAACAAAAGUAUUUGUACAUAUAUAUAAUUUUCUAUGUUUUCCUGUUUAAUGUAUUUAUAUCCUAGAGAGAUUUUAUCCAGUUUUAAAAAAAAAAUUAGCUUAACAGGCAUUCCAUUUUAGUGCUUGGUGGUUCACAGGACUCGUGGAAGGAAAGAGCAUCUCAUUUUGCCUAAGAUUUUGUGCCUUUUUAAUGAUGCCUCAGCAUUAUUCUCACUCUUUCUGAUUUCAGCCUACAAAGGGCUUUAAAGAUCGUACAAUAGGUCUCGCAGUUAUCCAUAAUAUAAUCGCAGUGCUUGCCAGUCUUUAUUAUUCUUUUCGCUUUUUUCUUAACUUCCAGCCUUUGCAGUGUGGAUGAAGUUGUGCAGCCUGUUGCCUGAUCCGUUAGGGAUGAAAUGCACUGGGCCAUCUCCCAUUAUACACUGUGUGCUUUACUUUUGCUUCUCCGUUUUGUUUUCCUCUGCGGAGGUUUGUCAGUCUUCCGGAUCCUCCUAAGAAGCUCCAGACUCUUUGACUUCAUCGAAGGAUUAGCUCAGUAAAGGGCUGCGCAUCCUGGAGGGGUGAUCAGUUCACAGGUCAAGAAGGUUGUUGAUUCAGUACCCUGGUCGGACUUGAGUUGCUCCCUCUUGGCACCAGCUGGAGGGGCGAGACAAUUGGCCAAUUUGCCCAGUGGUUGGAGGAACAUGAGGGCUUGUGAGGCAGGCAGAGUAUGAGGAGUCAGUCCUCUAGACUUCUGCCUUUGGUCAUUUUCUUUACUGGACAGUGGACGUGCGUGGAAUCGGAGCCAGGUUCUCUCAGAUGGUGCCUUUUCAGGCUCAAGGGGCCGUUACCCAAGCACCUGUGAAGAAUGGCCACUGUGAAGCAAAUAUUAGUCACGGGCCACUGACCCACCUCCCCUGUAGCGAGGGCAGUGGGGCUGGGAGGGCUGAGGAGAGAACGGCCACAAUUAUGAAUGUAGUUAAUCAGAUUGCCCAAGGCUGUGAGAUCAGCACUGAGUGAGUGCUAAUUUCCUUGCUCCCUGCUGUGAGUUUGCCCUAGAUCCCUCAUCCAAUAUAUAUGCACCAACGUGCAGUAUCUUCAUGGCAUCCUCUUUUCACUUGCCAUCUCCAAUCGCAAUGCCCCAACACCCAGCCACCUGGCCAUACAUUCACCAUCCUGCCACCAGACAGUUCAACAGAUGCUUCUGCUGCCAUUGAUUGGUCUAAUUCUUCCCCCAGAUCUCACAAGGAGACAGGAGCAGGAGUCGGCCACCAGUUCCCUCAAGCCUGCACUAUGAUAUGCUGGCCUCACCACUUCCGCUGCACCACUUCCCCAUAACCCUUAAUUCUCCCCUGUUGCACAUGUUUAUCUAUCUCCACCAUAAAUAAUGAUCUUUUCUCCAUCAUUCUCAGAGACAGAAAAUCUCAGAGGCUUACUACCCUCCGAGGAAAGGAAUUUCUGUUCACCUUAGCUUUAAGUGACUAGCCCCUUGUUUUUUAACAAUGUUCCUUUGUGAUGCUCCCACUAGUGAAAGCACCUAAACAAACCCCUUUAUAUUUGAAUAAGGUUACCCUUCAAUCUUCUCAAAUCCAAGGAACACAGAACCACAGAACCUAGCCUCUGUUGAUAAGACAACCCUUUCGUCCCAGGAAUUAAGCUGGAGAAUCUCCUUUGGACUUCCUCUAUUGCUAAUAUAUUUUUCUUGUUAAGGGGACCAAAACUGAUCGUAGUAUUCCUGAUAUGGCGUCAUCAACACAAUUAUAACAAAAUCUCUUAAUUCUUAAACUGCAACCCUUCACAAUAAGCAUCACGCCAUUGACCUUCAUGACAGUCUUGUUGGGCCUUCCUGCCAGAUUACUGUGAUUCAUACAACAAACACAUACAUAGAUCCCUCAGGAGUUGAUUUGUUUGCAGUCUCUCUCUGUUUAGAUAAUAAUCUGUCUUUCGGUUCCUUUCACUGAAAUGCAUGACCUCACACAUUCCCCAUAUUAAGCUCCAUUUGCCAGGUUAUCACCCACUCAUCUAGUCUGGCUCUAUCCCAUUACAAAAACACAGUAAUCUCAUCACAAAAUGCCACUCCACCUAUAUCUGCAUCAUUUGCAAAUAUGGAAAUCUCACAUUUCAUUUCUUCCUCCAUGUCAUUAAUGAAAAUAACUGUGGGCCAAAAACUGGUCACUCAAAUACUCCACUAAUUACAUCUCUCCAGUCUGAAAAGGACUCAUUUAUUUCAACAUCAAUUUAUUCACAAAGUACAUAUAUGUCACAUUACAUAUAUGUUAUAGUACAUAUAACUUUAUCACAGUCAGUUUUUGUUCCAUGCUAACACAUUUCCUCCAAUAUCUUGGGUUUCUAAUUUAUGCACCAUUCUCUUGUGAGGUAAUUUGUCAAAUGACUUUAGGAAAUUUAGAUAUACUACAUCUACAUGUUCCCCCUGAUUAUGUUUGCAUAUAUUCAGCUUUCCUAAUUCAUUAUUUCUUCUUUGAUUCAUGUUGGGAACAGCAGACGUUAAUCUAACUAGCUUCACCUUCUAUCUUUACCCCUGUUUUUGAACAAGGAAGUUAUAUUGGCUAUUUUCAAUCCUCUGGUACCCAUUUGGAAUUUAGUAACUUUUAUAUACUUCAACCAAUAGGCACACUAUUCCUGCAGUCAUUUCCUUGUAAACCUUUGGGUACCAAUGACUUGUCCAGCUUUAGCCAGUUACGUUCCUUAAUACUUUAUCCCUUGCAAUGGGAAUUUUGCAAGUUCCUCCCUGUUAUUUCAAAGUAGCCCAUCUGUUCUCUUGGGGAUGUUUGCAGUAUCCACCAUGGCAGAGGCAAAACAAUUGUCUUGGCAUACUUGCCAUUUUUUUGUUUCCUGUAAUUAAUUCACCAGCCUCCUUCUCAGGAGGUCCCGCACCUAGCCAUCUUCUUCCUAUUUCUCUAUCCAUAGAAACUCUUAACUGUUUUAAUAUUACAUGCAAGUUUUCCUUCUAAAUCAAUUUCCUUACAUCUAAUGAGCUUUGCUAGUUUGUUUGAAACUAAAAAAGAUCCCGCCAGGCCUGAUCACUUUCUAUGGCCUACUUUUCAAUUUAACAUUAUCCUUGACUUGAUAAUGUCACAGACUGUGCCUCUUUCUUAUGGAAAUUCUCUUUCUUAUUGAAAUAAAUUACUGCCCAUGGACCAACUGUCUGAGUAUCAGCCACUGUUGAUCAACUGAUCUGUUCUCAUACUGAUAACUUCUCAGACCAACCUAGAAUAUUCCACUUCCAUAUCAUUAUGUUUACCCCUAUUUACAAUGACAUCAGUGACUUUGGCCCAUCCUCAAACUGGAUUCUGGAGUUUUGCGGUCACUACCUCCUCGAGGAUCCUUAUUUGCCAGAUCCUUCCUCAUUUGUCAUGAACAGAUCUAAAAUAUCUUGAUGCUUUCAUCCUCCGUUUGAAGCCCUUGUCCCUGAUGAAUUCUUGCAACCUGCACGUUCCCCGAGGCACAUCCUUCACUAACGUGCUCAAUCCAAAAGGUACCUGUCAAGUAAUUGGCCUUCAGUCAGGAGGUCUGAUUGAAUCAGGUGAACAGGUGUCCUCCCCUGACAAAUCUACUCCCAAUUUCAGGAUCACCUUGAAGAUCAAAUAUAGCUGUCCCAUCCUGAAGUCUUUUCAUCAGUAAACUGUCUCCAUGAACUCCAUUCAUCCCAACAGCAUAUAUAAUGUAAUACACACAGAAUGCUGGAGGAACUCAGCAGGUUGGGUAGCAUCCAUGGAAAUGAACAGACAGUGAUAGACUUCCAUUGUCAAUACGAUCCGGGCUAUCUCUUCAUUAGGGUAUUGUGUCUUUACUGUUCCUUUCCCUCAUUCCUCAUGCCAGGCUGAUCCCUGAAGUUGCUGUUCCUUUCCAUGGACGCUCCUAACUUGGAGCUCCUGUGCUCUCUCGGCUUUUUUGCUUCCCACACAAACCCGAUGUUAACUCGGUAAAGGGUUCCCUUCCAUCCUGUUUUCUUCCCCUCCCUUUCACAGCUAUCACAGGCAUUCAGUUCAAAACAGAACGGGCAACGUCUCCUGUUCCUUAGCCACAAGGACCCUUCUCAUUUUCUUCCGAAUUCUUCGUCAAACUGUUGCCUCUCAGCCCCACUUUUCAGUUUCCUGUUUUCAUUUGCAUACUCCCUGCCCAAACCGUAAGACUCAGGUUGCAGAAUUAGGAGAUCUGGCCUGUUGAGUCUGCUCCGUCAUUCAAUCAUGGCUGAUUUAUUUUCCCUCUCAAUCCUGGUCCCUUAUCUUCUCCUCACAACUUUUGAUACCCUUACUAAUCUAGAACCUAUCAACCUCCACUUUAAAUAAACUCAGUGAUCCGGCUAUGGCAAAGAAUUGCACAGGUAUACCACCCUCUCUAUAAAGAAAUACCUCCUCAAAUACUUGCCUUCUCUUCCAAAAAUAGCUGGAGGCUGCAUCCUACCACUCUUUCUCCAAACACAAGAGCUCCCUUCCAAUUUGUCUUCAGCACUUUCCCCUCCUUAAAGCUGAUCUCUCCGACCAAACUUUAGCUCACUUUCCCUUGACGCGGCAUCGGUUGUUGCCUGAUGGAGUCCAUAGGACCUCACUGCAAUACUGGGCAGGUGCGGUUGUCGGUAGGUGGGGAUGCUGGUGGAGGUAGGUUCUCUCCCAUGCAGUUCGUACGGUGGGUAGUCGUGGAAAACCUCCGGAUGACAUCAAAGGCAUCGCGGUGACAGAAUGUCUGGAAAGCUGGAGGGAGAAGUGAGAACAAAGAUGAUCUGCCUCCUGUUGCUGAAGAGAUAUUAACAAAAUAACUAUUGGAAUGCUGGCAUUGAUAAGCUGGACUUUUUUCUUUGUAGUAAGUCUCUUACUAAAUAUAUUAAAAAAAAAGACCGGUCUUGGCACUUUUGUACUAAUUACCCCCUCUUUGUGUAAUGAUUUUUUUUAAGUGCUUUCACGAGGGAAUCCAUUACCCAUUUUGCUUUAAUGUGAAGAGAUUUGUACUUUUUUUCCAUUGUAGAAUCCCCAAGUAUUGUUGUAGAUACUUGGGCUCAGAGUUUGUUAAACUUUAGGCUGAAAAAAAAAUCUAAUUUAUUGUUUGCCCUAAUUUAUUAAUCUGGAGAUUAAUGAAAAGUUAGAACAUUUCAAGAUGUACGUGUUUUUUUUUGCGUUAUUUGAAUGGGACGAAAAGGAAGGUGAUCUGGUUUAACGAAGGGUCGAGCUUUUCCUAUCGAUGUGGCUUUUUUUUUCAUUUUUCCCAGAGAGUUACUUCCCGAGACCUUAGCUGCUGCCUCUUGCUCACCUCCUCCUCCCUACCCUUCCCAAUCCUUGUGCACAGGAAUUAGGUUGUUCCUGUUUGGCUCAGAAGAGAUACGUUCUGUCAAGACCAAUUGCUCUAUACUUUCCCAACCAAAAGACUUUUAAAUUGAGAAGUGUUUUUUUUUAAACAGAUAUCGUUCACUGCUUGUUUUCAUUUUGUGAUUGUGGUUGUAUUCCGGUGAGAAAAAAAGGAACAGAGAGGAUACAGGACAAGAUGCUGUUUUCAACAUUAAAAAAAUAGGUGAGAAGGGGGAAAAACAAGAUGGCUGCCCACUACGUCCUGUAUCUGACAUUCUUGUACUUUGGUUACUGUUGUGCUAAUGUAAAAUAAUGCAAAAUAUUUCUAAAAUAGAUGCGUAUGUGGCACUUGGAGUGCACUGCAGUUCUGCAGUUUGCUUGUUUACUUUUUUUUUAAAUGUAAGGCAUUUUUUUCGUGUACAUUUGCUCUUGACAGCACAAUAAACAAUGUUAAACCCCA